AUGGAGAAUAAAGGGAGCGAGGAGGUGGAAAAAAUAAAGACAAAGUUCUUGUCAGUGUGGCAUAAUGUGAAGUACAGCUGGGCUCUCAAGUCCAAGACCUCCUUUAGCAGAAACUCUCCAGUACUUUUACUGGGUAAAUGUUACCAUUUCAAGGUGGAAGAUGAUGAUGAUGAUGAGAGCCCCACACAAGAAGCCUGCUCUGAGGCCACAGAUGAGGACUGCGCCAUGGGAAAUGUUGAGGCUUUCCGGAGAGAUUUUGCCUCUCGAGUUUGGCUAACUUACAGAGAAGAGUUUCCCCCCCUGCCUGGUUCCUCUCUCACCUCUGACUGUGGCUGGGGAUGCAUGCUCAGGGCGGGACAGAUGAUGCUGGCUCAAGCCCUCGUUCUUCACUUGCUUGGUAGAGACUGGAUGUGGUCUGAGGCGCUCUCACUCCAACCUUUAGACACAGAAACAUGGACCACCUCUGCAGCCAAACGUCUUGUGGCUUCCUUCGAGGCGUCAAUGCAGGGUUCUCCUGGAUCUUCUCAGCUCAACACACCAGGAAAGAACCCAGCCCAGGCUCUUGGCUCUGCUGAAGAAGCCGAUGUCCACAUGAAGGAAAUGUACCACAGAACUUUGGUGUCCUGGUUCGGAGAUAGCCCGUCCUCCCAGCUGGGAAUCCACACACUUGUCCAAUUAGGUUUACUGAUGGGCAAACAGGCUGGAGACUGGUAUGGCCCUGCAAUUGUAGCUCACAUCCUCAAAAAAUCUGUUGAAGAUGCAACAGACCCCAUAUUGGCCAGGAUAACCGCCUAUGUGUCCCAGGAUUGCACAGUGUACAGUGCAGAUGUCAUGGACAGUCAUGGAGCACCAGGAGGAGGGCAGGACAAAUCUGAGGCCACUUCUCUGCCACAUAAUGAACAGUCCUGCAAUGAACAUCCCGACAGCCGCGCUGUCAUUAUUCUAAUACCAGUUCGACUCGGAGGAGAGAAGACCAAUCCUGACUGCUUUAACUUUGUAAAGAAUCUUUUAAGCCUGGACUACUGCCUCGGCAUCAUCGGUGGAAAGCCCAAACAGGCCUGCUACAUUGUUGGAUUUCAAGACGACAGCUUGAUUUACAUGGAUCCUCAUUACUGUCAGUCUUUUGUGGAUGUCAGCAGCGGCGAUUUCCCACUGCAGUCUUUCCAUUGUCCGUCACCAAAGAAGAUGCCUUUCAGUAAAAUGGACCCAAGCUGCACCAUUGGAUUUUACUCCAGAAGCCUCUCAGAAUUUGAGCGAAUCAACCAAGAGCUGACAAAGGUGCUGCAGCCUUCAGCCAAAGAGAAAUACCCGGUGUUCACCAUCGUCCAAGGUCGCAGCAGAGAUUACGACCUGUCGGCGAGUCUGACCCCCGAGAAGGGAGAGUGGCCCUUCAUCCGCCGCACCGUCACCACCAGCGGGGACUUUGUGCUGCUCUGA